AUGGUUCAAAACAAAGCCAUCGUCUUCAAGUCCGUCCCACACGGGUACCCCAACUCCGACAACCUACGCCUCGAAACCCUCUCCGUCGACCUCGAUGCCGUCCCCGCCGGCGGCAUGAUCCUGAAGAACGGAGUCGUCUCCUUCGACCCCUACAUGCGCGGCCGCAUGCGCCCCGCCGAGACCAAGUCCUACUCCGCCGCCUUCGCCCUCAACGCCCCGAUCGACAGCGCCGGCGUCUCAAAGGUCGUAAAGUCCGACUCACCGGACUUUAAGGUGGGCGACAUCGUCACUGGGCAUGUCGGGAUGGAGGAGUACGCCGUUGUGCCAAAGGAGAGGCUCGGCGGUUUCAAGGUCCUGGAUAACAAAGAGGGACUUCCGCCCAGCUACUACCUUGGUAUCUUGGGCAUGCCCGGAUUGACCGCCUACUCCUCGUUCUACGAGAUCGGCAAGCCCAAGAAGGGCGAAACCAUCUUCGUCUCCGCCGCCUCUGGCGCCGUCGGCGCCAUCGUCGGCCAGCUCGCCAAGCGCGAAGGCCUUCGCGUCGUCGGAUCCGCCGGCACCGACGAGAAGGUCGCCUUCCUCAAGUCCGAACUCGGCUUCGACGCCGCCUUCAACUACAAGACGGAGUCGCCCUCCGCGGCGCUCAAGAAGCACGCGCCCGAGGGCAUCGACAUCUACUACGACAAUGUCGGCGGCGAGACGCUCGACGCGGCGCUGGACGCCGCAAAGGACUUUGCGCGCUUCAUCGAGUGCGGAAUGAUCUCGCAGUAUAAUCUAAAGAGCAAGGACGAGAUAUAUGGGCUCAAGAACACUAUGCAGAUUGUGGCCAAGAGGUUGACGAUUAGGGGGUUCAUCGUGGGCGAUAAGGACUUCGGCCCGAAGUAUUCGAAGGAGCACCAGGAGAAUAUUAGGAAGUGGCUGGUGAACAAGGAGUUUGUGUAUCGCGAGACGGUGACGGAGGGGUUGGAGAAUGCCGUGGACGGGUUUGUGGGGAUGCUGAAGGGGGAGAACUUUGGGAAGGCUUCGUUGAAGAUCGCCGAUCUCGAGUAG